AAUGAGCGAUUCCAAAGUGUUCAAGUUUGAGGACGAAACAGAAUCCCGAUUGGCGCGGAAGUCGAAGGAAACCCCCUUUUUCCCCAUAGCCAUUGGAGUGUGCACACUGGCGGUGGGAUAUGGGGCUUACAUGUUCAAAAAUAGGGGGAAUAUGAGCACCAGUGUCUACCUAAUGCAUCUGCGAGUGGGGGCCCAAGGCGCAGCAGUCGCUUCCCUCACCGUAGGUUUAAUCUACACCAUGAUUAAUGAACAUAUAUUGAAGAAGAAAUGAAAGUAUUAGCCAGUGACAAGAUUAGAUUAUUUGCGCUCUAAUUUAUUAUCUAAAUAAUUUAUUGUUUUGUAACAAAAGAUUGAUUUGGAUAUUUGUAUAUUAAUUACAAUUUCUUGUUGUACAUAUUGUAAGUUAUUGUUGGAUUAGUCAACUCUUGGGUAACUGCCAAGUAAAAAAUCCUACUUAAUAAAUACUAUGAAUCUUUUCUUUUUA